AUGGGGGCCAAGCAGGCUUCCCUGGCCAGACCUCCGCCACUCAGCAGCGCAGCCACCAGCCCUGAGCCUCUGGGGCCCGGGGCGGGUGGGGUUGCCCGGCCCGGGACGGUCGGGGGGCGGUCGGGGGCCGGGUCUGGCCCCGGGCCGAGCGCUGACGGCCGCGUGUCGCCCGCAGGGCAGGCGCAGGAGGCCUUGCAGGAACGGUACCGGCUGGGUUCGCUGCUGGGGCGCGGAGGCUUCGGCAGCGUCUUCUCGGGGACCCGGCUCGCGGACGGUGCCCCGGUGGCCAUCAAAUGCGUGCCGCGGGAUCGCAUCCAUCGCUGGGGCGAGCUGCCCAAUGGCACCCGUGCGCCCCUGGAGAUCGUGCUGCUCGACAAGGUGUCCACUGGGUUCCGUGGAGUGAUUCAGCUCCUGGAGUGGUUUGAGCUCCCCAGCUGCUUCUUGUUGGUGCUGGAGCGUCCAGAGCGAUGUCAGGACCUCUUUCAUUUCAUCGUGGCUCGGGGAUUCCUGCCGGAGGAGGAGGCGCGGGGGCUGUUUCGCCAGGUGCUGGAGGCCGUGCAGCACUGCAGCAGCUGCGGGGUCCUGCACAGGGACAUCAAACCUGGCAACAUCCUCAUCGACCUGGCCACCGGGCAGAUCAAACUGAUUGACUUUGGCUGUGGCACCUUCCUCCAGGACACAGUCUACACCCAAUUCGCAGGAACACUGUCCUACAGCCCCCCAGAAUGGACCCACCUCAAAUGUUACCACGGCAAGGCAGCAACGAUCUGGUCCCUGGGUAUCCUGCUGUACCAGAUGGUCUGCGGGAAGCACCCGUUCAAGAGGGGCCAGGACAUCAUCUGGGGCCAGCUCAAGUUCCCACAACGGCUCUCUCAAGAGUGCCAAGAUGUCAUCAGCUGGUGUUUAUCCAUGCGCUCCUUGGACAGGCCAUCUGUGGAAGAUCUGUUCUAUGACCCUUGGCUGCAGGAUGUUCAUCUGCCCUAGAAGAUGGGAGACAUUCACAGGCCCCAUUUGAUCCUGGAGCCUGGAUCCAACAGCUCCACACAUCUCUUGGUGAUAAGAAGCAAAGUCCUGCCUGUACCAUGGAGCAGGGGUCAUCAGAUGGGAACAUCUGUUCUGGAGCUGAGCUGGUCUUGUAAGCGCUGGUGGCCACCAUCCAACCUGGUUUUACUUGUCCUGGUCCAGUGAUGACUGAGUCCCUGGGCAGAGCACUGACAGCCUGGUCUGGGCCCCAGGGAAGGAGAAACAGCCCCUGGAGAAGCUGGACCAGGUGGGGCUGCUGCAAGGACAAGCUCAAGGAUGACAACCUCUUCCUUGACCUGGCCACUGGCAGCUGGAGAUGAUCCACUUUGAUUCUGGCACCUUCUUCAAAGACAUGAUCCACGCCCAAUUUGCAGCCGGGCUCUGCGGAUGCUGAGGCAGCUCUGGGCUUUGCCAGGGCUUUGCUGGGCUCAGCCCUGGGCACAGCUGGGCCUGCUCUGCCCUCACAUGGCUCUGACAGCUUUGCAUCAGACGAGCCCGUUCUGAGCACACCGCCUGAGCUUUCUGCUUUUGCAGGUGAGUGAGACUCUCCUGCAGGCCAAGACAGUUGCAGUUAGGGACACACACCCAAUUGGCAAGAACCCAAAUUCUCCACAGUCCCAACUGAACGCCUGGAUCUCCACAGGAUGUUUUGUGUCCCCCACUCUUCAUUCCUUUUUGGCUGGAAUGGUGCAGUUGCACUUUCUUCCUCCUCUAGAAGUGCCACGAGUGGGCAAAACCUGGCUGAGUGGGCCGUGUUCCUAAGGCAGUGCAGUCUGGAGCUGAUGGAUGGAGAAUUGCCCUUCUGCCCUUCCAAAGCAGAGCAAAAAGCUGAAACAUGUCCUAAAAAAGGAGUGUCCUUUGCUCCUGAUUCCUGUGUGGAGCAGCUCCCUUCCUGCUGGCUGAGCUGUUCAGGGAGAGCCCAGCAGCUCCUGGCCCUGCAGGGCAGAGGCUUUUCCCUGUUGCUGGGCACAGACUGAUGGAGCAGCACUGCUGAACACGGGGACACAUGGAGGGACCAGGAGCAGCUGCCUUUGUCCACCUGGAGCUCCAAGGCCCAAACUCUGAGCAGACAGGGCUGGAAGAGACUCGCAGGCUCCCUGUUUGCUGUGCUGCCCCACUUGUGCCCAGCCCAGCUCUGUGUGGGGCACAGGGAGAACAAGGGGCAGCUCCCUCCCAGCCCCCAGCCCAGGGACCCCUCUGGCCCCGGGGCUUGGGGCACUGUCAGCACCUGCUGCUCCAGCCACCGCUUCUGCUGGCACUGACAGCAACACCCAAAUUGUGGCUGAUCCCGAGGGAGCAGCAGCAGUGCCUGGAUCUGAUCCCUGACUCUGGGCAGGGCUGGACAAAUGACCCCCACAGCAGCAGCAGCAGCAGCACAUGGACCGGACUUUCAGCACAGCCCCUGGCACUCUUCCCUCCCGUGUGCAGGGGUGUCACAGCAGCCUGGGGCACCUGGGAGCCCCCAGUGCCAGCAGGGACUGGAGAUGGCAGCCCUGGGCUCCUGGAGCUUGUGCAGGGAACAGAGGUGGGGACUCCCUGUCCAUGUGGAGCUUCCAGAUGGAAAAGGCUGCUGUGAGCAGGCAGCUCCAAGGGCACAGAAAGGAGGGGCUGGAGCCCUUGAUCUGUGCCAGUUCCACAGUCCUGGGCAGCAGCCACCGCGCCCCAGGGGAACAGAGGGCACAGCAAGAGGGACAAAACCAGUCAAGGUCAGAGACUGGGAAGAGCCAGAGCUGGGAGCAGGAGCAGCUGCUUCACUGCACCCUUGGAGAAAGCUCUUGGCUGGUUCAAAGUGCUGAAUGGUGUGAAGGGCAGGGAGGAGGCCACACCAACAAUGCUCCUGGAUCCACACCCUCCCCUCUCAGUGUCCCAGAAGGAAUUGGAUGAAGUGUGUUCUUCUAUCUGAGUUGUCUCGUUCAGCAUGAGCAGCUCAGCACCAGGAGCUAAAGGAGCUGAAGCCUCAGGCCUCAAGAGCUGACCAAGAGGGGACUUUUGGACCAAAGUAAUGCUGCUAACAUGGACCUAGCUGAAUGCAGCAGAUGGAAUCCUGGAAUUAUAGAGUCCUUUCUGUUGGGAAAGACCUCUGAGCUCACCCAGUCCUGCUGUUCACCCAGCACUGCCAAGCCCAGCACUAAAUCACAUCCCUGAAGCCUGGACAAGAGGCCCUGACUGAGGCCUGGACAACAGGCCCUGAGCCAAAGGUGAUCUCUGGAUGAACCUUCCAACCAAAUGUUAUCUUUGUAUCCACUCAUUAACGAAAUGUGCAUGAGUCAUUGGCACUGUGAUAGAUGUAUGCAUUCAUUAGUGAAAUACGGAAUGACCUUUCUGUAUUUAGAAGCCAAACAAGGCCAUGAAAUCCAACAUCUGGCCUUGUUUGGGGCUGUAUGGUCAAAGCCAACUCCCUUGGUUCCUCCUUGAGCCCUGGCCAGGCUUUGGGAGGAGCCCAAGAGGAGGAUGAAACCAGAUGUUCCUGCACCAGAAGUGCUGUCACUUUGUUUAUUCAGCACUGUCAAAGCUGGGCCCUCUGCCAGCAGGGUUGGAAGCCUCACCUGUGGCUGGAGGCACCUGCAGGAAUUCCCAGUGUCCGGGAGUGGCUCUGCAGUCCUUGGCUGUGCCAGCUUCCCCCAGCUGAUGUGUGGGUCUGGGUGAUGGUAAAGCCUGGGGGUAACUGGUGAUGGAUCAUUCUUAAUCACUGUGGGCAGUCUUUGGUAGUGAUGGUUGGUGCAUUGCUGAGCUUCUCCUUUUGUGAUUCUUUGCUGCUUUGAACUUAGAAAAUUACACUGAUUCCUUCAGUUGGUGUCUGUGUCUUUGGUGCUGACCUUGCCCACUGGUAGAACCAAAUUGGCGUAGUCUGGCUGGAUCACAACAAAAUGUCACUUUUUAAAUGUCAGUGUAAGGAAUCAGUCCUAUCCGAAAUUCCUGGAUGCAAAGCACUUCCCUAGAGUUCGCUGUCUCUGGAGUGGGCUGAGGUCCGAGCACCGUGUGAGCAGUGGAGCAGUCAGUUAAAAGAGGCUGAACCACUGGAUGUCUUCACAUGCAUCCAAAAAUUGCAUAUAGAAAAAGGAAGAUUACUUGGGGGUUUGGGAUGAUGAGGAUGGAUUUUGUUAACAGCAUAUUGGAAACAGCACCAACAGAAAGAACAGUUUUUGUUGGAACACUCCCACAUGGAGCCACAGAAGAAAUUUUACUCUUGAGCUUGAAUUUCUUUGUGCCAGUGAAAUAACA